CCCAAGCAACGCUCAAGCCCACAACCAGCAAUGGCCGAGGUUCCGCCGGAGCAGAUAUUUUCCAAAGGGGGUCAACCGUACUCAUUCAACCAGACCCCCGCAAGCUCCUCGCGCAAAGAGUCCGACGGCGACACCAAGGCCCCGUUGCCCAAGGGCGUUGUACUCGACAAAGAUGGCAAACCCUGCCGCACCUGCACCUCCGUCGCAGCCUGGCGCAACCUGACCAAGCAAGCCAAAGCCGACAGCUCAAGCUCCCCUUCCAACACAACAAGCACGACACCCACAACCCCCCUCGCAGCCCCCGCAACCUCCUCCCCAAGCACAAUCCCCCCAGAUUGCCCACCAGACGUUGAACAACUAGGUCGCUCAACCUGGAGCCUUCUGCACUCGAUGGCAGCCACUUACCCGGAAAAGGCAAACACCGAGCACCAGGACAACAUGCGUGGGUUCCUGAAGUUCUUCUCCAAGCUGUACCCAUGCUGGGUAUGCGCGGAUGAUUUCCAGACGUGGAUGGCGCAUCCGAGUGGACGGAACCAGCCGAAGCUGGGUGGGAGGAAGGAUUUUGGCUGGUGGCUUUGCGAGGCGCAUAAUGAGGUUAAUCGGAAGCUUGGGAAGGAGGAAUUUGACUGUCGAUUUUGGGAGGAGAGGUGGAGGACUGGGUGGAAAGAUGGGCGGUGCGAUUGA